AUGUUCAAGUUCAUCAGCCUUGCGCUGGUCUUUAGUGCGUUGGUGUACGCCGCCCAAGUCGAAGAAGAGGAACACGUUUUGGUAUUGAAUAAGGUAAGGUUUGAUGAACCCAUUAAUUUGGAUAAUUUAGUUUUUGUUGUUAUUCUUGAACUUUUAGGAAAACUUUGAAGAGGUUUUGGAAAAGCACGCCAACGUUUUGGUCGAGUUCUACUCUCCAGGAUGUGGACACUGCAAAGCUCUGGCUCCGGAAUACGCCAAAGCCGCUACUCAACUGGCCGAAGAGGGAUCGGAAGUUAAGCUUGCCAAAGUUGAUGCCACCGCGGAAACCGAAUUGGCCUCCACUUACGAAAUCCGUGGAUACCCAACCUUGAAGUUGUUCCGCAAUGGAAAGCCAACGGAAUACAAUGGCGGACGUGACCAAGCUUCUAUUGUCAACUGGUUGAAGAAGAAGACUGGAGAACCGGCAAAGGAGCUCAAGACCGUCGAAGAACUCGACGCUUUCAAGGAAGCAAACGAUGUAUGCCUUGUCGCUUACUACAAGGACUCCGAUGCCGCUCAGGCGUUCUCUGAAGUUGCUGCUUCUGUUGAUGACUUACCAUUUGCUGUUACCUAUGAUGAGGAAGUUGCCAAAAACGGUUUGGAGUUGAAGAAGGAAGGAGUCGUAUUGUUCAAGAAAUUCGACGAAGGCCGAAACGUUUUUGAAGAGAAGGUUGAGGAAAGUGGAGCCAACCUCAAGUCUUGGAUGCAGGCUAACAGAUACCCAGUGUUGUUCGAAUUCUCUCAGGAAACAGCCCCAGCUAUCUUUGGAGGAAACAUGAAGACCCACAACUUGUUGUUCAUUUCCAAAGAAUCUGCUGACUUCGAGAAGGUGGAGAGCGAAUUCAAGAACGCUGCCAAGAAGUACAAGGGCAAGGCUCUGUUUGUUCUUAUCAACACUGCCAUUGAAGAGCACGCCAGAAUCAUGGACUUCUUCGGAUUGAAGGGAGAUGACCUUCCAGCUAUCCGCUUGGUCUCUUUGGAAGGAGAUAUGACAAAGUUCAAGUAUGAAUUCGCCGAGAUUACCGCCGACAACGUUGUCAAGUUCACCCAGGAUUACUUCGAUGGAAACCUGAAGCCACACUUGUUGUCUGAAGACGUCCCAGAAGACUGGGACAAGCUACCCGUCAAGGUAUUGGUCGGAAAGAACUUCGAAGAAGUCGCUCGCGACAAGUCAAAGAACGUCUUGGUCGAGUUCUACGCUCCAUGGUGCGGACACUGCAAACAAUUGGCUCCAAUCUACGAAGAACUUGCCGAGAAGUACAAGGACCACGAGAACAUUGUCAUCGCCAAGAUUGACGCGACUGCCAACGAGAUUGAAUACAUCGCCAUUCGAUCUUUCCCGACCAUCAAGUUCUUCCCAGCUGGAUCAGAUGAGAUCAUAGACUUCAGUGGGGAACGUACUGUAGAAGGCUUCAGCAAGUUCUUGGAGAAUGGAGGCAAGGUUGAGGAAGAGGCUAUUCCUGAAGAGGACGAUGCACCAGAAGAGGUCCCAGUCGAGGAAGAAGCAGUACCAGUUGAAGGAGAACACACUGAACUCUAA